AUGGAACCCAGCACCGACAGAGUCUCCGUCGUGGUCCCACCCCCACGUAUCGACCUCACCCUGUUCGAGUCGUUCGACGAAGAAGUGGAGCGCACGGUGGACGAGAUCCUCUCUGAUCCGAGCGUCGAGAGUAACUUUGACGACUACAGUCAUGAAGGGAGUGCGGGUGGAAUGGUGGAUGGGACUCACGAUGACGGUUUGGCUGCUGCGGCGCCGGAGGAACGUCCGAUGAAGCGGUCGAAGAAGCGGACUCAGCAUCGCUCGCCGUAUUUUGCUACCGAGGUGAAAGGCAUAAAGAAAGGGCCUGUGGCGCAGAGGAAUAUUACGAGGAUGAGUAGUGCGGAGGCGGAGGAGGUAGAGGAAGAGGAAGAGGAAGCGGACCAGGAAGAAGAGGUACAACCACAAAGACGACGCACCAAGGACAAACACCAACCCGAGAGAUCGUCCAGCUGCGACAUUAUCGAAGUGCGAAAGAUUCCCGCCCAGAAACCGAACCUCCAAACCCAGACCCCGGCCGGCGCAGACGAAGACGACUACGUUCUGGAAACCCUGGAGGAAAGCCAGAGGGACAGACUAGUAUCCUUCAUCACCUCGCACUCGUUCGUCACCAACCCCAAAUACCGCGCGAAGCGCAAGAAGUGGCGGCGUUUUGUGUCCGACUUGCGGAAAGAGGCUGGCCUGGCGAAUGUCGAUAAACCGACUAUUCGCCGGCUGGAGAACUAUGUCAAGGGACUUUGUCGCGACAUGCAGAAGACUGCCAUGACAGAAAGAGAAGCCUCCACUGAUGGAGAUGGUGGACGGGAGAAGUCGUUGAAGAGGUCGAAGGAAAAGCGACACCGGGAGGACGAUCAUCCUAGGGAGAAGGCUAAGAAAGACGGUAGUCCCAGGAAGAAGGCCAAGAAAGAUGAUGAUUGUAGGAAGAAGGACAAGAAAGACGAUAGUCCCAGGAAGAAGGCCAAGAAAGACGAUAGUCCCAAAAAGAAGGCCAAGGAAUCGAAAAAGAGCAGCUCCUCUACUCCUGCUACGGCUGCUGAAAAGCAGAACAAACCAGAGCCCGAAAUCAUCAACGUCGACAGCGACGAUGAGCCUGUGGUUGUUUCUGCUAGUUCUUCGUCUCGUUCUCCCGACAUCAACGUGGGGUACAGGCCGAUUGUUCGCCGUGCUGUAUCCCGUCAGCCUACGAGUGAGUCGGCACAUGGCGACGUGGAUGAAGAGCCAGAGGAGCCUUCCAAGCAUGCAAAUCCUGUGAUGAACGACACCCCCCCGGAGGUGGCCGCUCCCACGGCUUUCCAGAUAUAUGAGACUAGCAACGAAGGGAAUACGACCUCUCCUACGCAUGCGAGCACUCGCUCUUCAGACCGUUCAACCUCCCUGGCCAGCCACAGUCGCCGCAAAGAGGAAGAGCGGGAACUGCGACGGACCCGUCGGAGGAACAAACGUCAAAAGUCAACAAAGUCCAAGAAGUACCGAGACAGUCUUACUAGUCAGCGUUCCGAAAACGAAGGUCGGCAGUCCCCUGCUGUCAGCCCCGAGCCACAACCGCUGCUUCGAACGCCGGAAAAGCAGUUGAACCGCACAGCCCUCCGGCCCGACCCCGAUACCCCUGUCAUGGAAGAUCCUUACUGGGACAUGGAUUUUUAA